AUGGCGGCGCCCACCUUGCCUCUCAAGAUCUCCCUGACACAGAUCCAGGGUCCAGCCACCAAAUCCACACCCCACCCAGCCCUGGCCCGCUCGCACCACACGCUCACCGUGAUCAACGACCAAGCGACCAUCUUUGGCGGGCGGCACGACUCUGAUUCUCCGGAGGCGGACGCCUCAGAGUCCAGACCUGCGCUAUGCCCGCCGGCAAUCCAUAUCCUUACCCUCCCCACCAAUAACGGCACCACCCUGGAGCCACCAACAACCUACCAGACCGCAUACACCUGCUACCCGCCGUUCACGCUGCAGGACGCAUUCACGGGCGAAACCCUGGUUCCGUCGGCGCGGCAAGACCAUGCCGCGUGCGCAGGGGGUGGCGGCCGCUUCCUGCUGGUCCACGGCGGGCGGGACGCCGCCGCCGCUGGCAGAGCAAUCGACGAAGGAAGUUGUCUGUGGCGGUGGGACUGGGAGCAGCUGAGCUGGGCCAAGCUGCGCGGGGACAGCCAGCAGCUCGGGGUUGCGGGUGGGAUGCGGCCGCGGUGGGGGCACUGGAUCUUUGCGGAUGAGCCGCAGGGGUUUUUGGUCCUUGUUGGCGGGAAGGGGGAGGAGCAUCACGGUGGUGGUGGUGGCAUGGCGGCAGAGGAAGGAGAGGCCGACACCGAGACCGAGGUCUGGAUGUACGACUUCAACGCGCUCGCCUGGACGACACUGCCGCGGGCUCCUGCAAAGCCGCUGGCUGCUGCCUACGUUCGCGGCACGGUUUAUAUCGUUUCUCGGGAUGCCGCUGGGGAUCGCGUUGCGGUGCAUUGCAUGGACAUGCGAGAAUCACCUACUGAAAGGGAGAAGCCUGGCGCGUUGGUCUGGCAGACGGUUACUGUUGGGGCAGACCCCCAAUCUCCUCGCCCAAAGCCGCGGGAGGGCGGUGCGUUGGUGCCGUUGACGACGGGGCAUGGGCGGGAGUAUCUGGUGUAUAUGUUCGGGCGUUCCGCGCCCGACGUUUCAGGAGACGAGCCGGGGCUAGAGUACUUCUCAGACAUCUGGACCUUGCAACUGCCGACGAAAGGAUUCAGUCUAGCCUCGGCCAAGGACAAGAUCCAAAAAGAAAUGCCCGCCAUGGCGUCUGGAGAGUUUAGAUGGGCCGAGGCCGAGAUUGUUCCGACGGAGCAGAUGAUAGAAGGGGGCAAGGUUCAUCCUGGCCCUAGGGCCUUCUUUGGUGCCGAUACCUGUCUCGGAGGUCGCGGGGUUGUGCUGUGGGGAGGUGUGAAUGCUAAGGGCGAGAACGAAGGGGAUGGAUGGAUCGUCAGGCUGGCUUACGGUUAUGCUGAUAGUGAUCGAUGGGAGUGA